CUGGUGCGAACAGAGUGACCCGCUGCGGCUGGGGACCCCACGGCAGAGAUGGCGCUGGUGCUGGCACUGGCCGGGCUCGCGGCCUCACUCCUGGCCCAGCCGUGUGAGGGAUCCGCCCCAGCCGCCUCCCAGGCAGUAGAGACCACAGUCCUUCGGGACUGCAUAGCAGAGGCCAAGCUGCUGGUGGACACGGCCUAUAAUCACACUCAGAGGAGCAUCAAGCAGCGCCUGCGCAGUGGCUCCGCCAGCCCCAUGGAUCUCCUGUCCUACUUCAAGCAACCAGUAGCAGCCACCAGGACAGUCGUUCAGGCUGCCGACUACAUGCAUGUGACCUUGGGGUUGCUGGAGGAGAGAUUACAACUCCAGGGAUCCAGGACCGUCAACGUUACUGAUGUGCUAACAGCACCCCAGCUGCAGCUGCUGUCCCAGGCCAGUGGCUGCGCUCUGCAGGACCAGGCCGAGAGGUGCAGCAACAAGUAUCGCACCAUCACCGGGAGGUGCAACAACAAGAGGAGACCCUUGCUGGGGGCCUCCAACCAGGCCCUGGCCCGCUGGCUGCCAGCCGAGUAUGAGGACAGGUUGUCGCUCCCCUUCGGCUGGACACCAGGCAGGAGGCGCAACGGCUUCCUCCUCCCUCUCGUCCGGGCUGUCUCCAACCAGAUCGUGCGCUUCCCCAGAGAGAGGCUGGCCUCCGACCGCGGCCGGGCCCUCAUGUUCAUGCAGUGGGGCCAGUUCAUCGACCAUGACUUGGACUUCGUGCCCGAGUCCCCAGCCAAAGUGGCCUUCACUGCUGGCGUUGACUGCGAGAGGACCUGUGCUCAGCUGCCCCCCUGCUUCCCCAUCAAGAUCCCGCCCAAUGACCCCCGCAUCAAGAACCAGCGCGACUGCAUCCCGUUCUUCCGAUCCGCACCCUCGUGCCCACAAAACAGAAACAAAGUCCGCAACCAGAUCAAUGCGCUCACCUCCUUCGUGGACGCCAGCAUGGUGUACGGCAGCGAGGUCUCCCUGGGCCUGCGGCUGCGCAACCAGACCAACCAUCUGGGGCUGCUGGCCGUCAACCAGCGCUUCAGGGACAACGGCCGCGCCCUGCUGCCCUUCGACACCCUGCACGAGGACCCCUGCCUCCUCACCAACCCCUCUGCGCGUAUCCCCUGCUUCCUGGCAGGUGACUUCCGAUCGAGUGAAACUCCCAAACUGGCUGCCAUGCAUACCCUCUUUGUACGAGAGCACAACCGGCUGGCUGCUGAGCUGAAACGCCUGAAUCCCCGGUGGAGCGGAAACAAGCUGUACCAGGAGGCUCGGAAGAUCGUGGGGGCCAUGGUCCAGAUCAUCACCUACCGAGACUUUCUACCUCUAGUUCUGGGCAAGGCCCGGGCCAGAAGAACCCUGGGGCCCUACAGGGGGUAUAACUCCAACGUGGACCCCCGUGUGGCCAACGUCUUCACUCUGGCCUUCCGCUUUGGCCACACCAUGCUCCAGCCCUUCAUGUUCCGCUUGGACAGCCAGUAUAGGGCCUCAGCACCCAACUCACAUGUCCCGCUGAACUCUGUCUUCUUUGCCAGCUGGAGGAUUGUGCAUGAAGGUGGCAUCGACCCCAUCAUGAGAGGCCUCAUGGCCACCCCGGCCAAGCUGAACCGUCAGGAUUCCAUAUUAGUGGAUGAGCUCCGGGACAAACUCUUCCAGCAGGUGAGAAGGAUUGGGCUGGACCUGGCGGCUCUCAACAUGCAACGCAGUCGGGACCAUGGCCUUCCAGGGUACAAUGCUUGGAGGCGCUUCUGCGGGCUUUCCCAGCCCCGGAAUCUGGCACAGCUUAGUCGAGUCCUGAAAAACCGUAAUUUGGCAAGGAAGUUCCUGAAUCUGUAUGGGACGCCUGACAACAUUGACAUCUGGAUUGGGGCCAUUGCAGAGCCUUUAUUGCCAGGGGCCCGAGUGGGGCCUCUUCUGGCUUGUCUUUUUGAGAACCAGUUUAGAAGAGCCCGAAGUGGAGACAGGUUCUGGUGGCAGAAGCGAGGUGUUUUCACCAAGCAACAGCGCAAGGCCCUGAGCCGGAUUUCCUUGUCUCGAAUUAUAUGUGACAAUACUGGUAUCACCACUGUUUCGAGGGACAUCUUCAGGGCCAACAUCUACCCCCGGGGUUUUGUGAGCUGCAGCCGCAUCCCCAGGCUGAGCCUGUCUGCCUGGCGAGGCCGGUGAGGCUUUUGCAGGAAUCCAUCCCACGCUUCCGCCCUUGGAAACAGGGGGACCUGGGAAGGCGAACAAGUCUCCCUUUUCCCCUGGUAGCUGCUGUAUCCUGCUCAUGUUUUUGCUGGCUGGUUCGUUGGCUGGGAGUAACCCCACAGCAGUGAAUCCUCCUGCCUUGGAAGACUCUUAGGUAUCAGGUCACGCUUCAGCUCCAGGUGCCAGGAUUUGUAAGCCAAGCAAGAUCUUGAAGGCCAGGCGAGAGGAGUCAUCUGAGGGCUUUCCAGCCACUUUCUUCUCUUUCCCAGCCUGUCCCCAAUCCCUGCGUGACACAGUCCUAAUCUCUGACUAACCCUAAUCACCCUCUGGAGCCUGCAGGUUGGACAGUGUGCUCAGUUUCUACCAAUAAAGUGACUGCUGAGUGCAGGGGCUGGCUUCUGUGUUGGUGAUGACGGUGUGACCUUGGUCCUAUGGCAUGCUCCAGAAGUUAGGGCUAAGGCACAGUGGGCACUAGCCUCUAACCUCCCCUGCACUGUUGUGAUGCCCACUUACAGUUGGGGACUGAGUUAAGGGAACCAGAAGAAACACCCUGGAUUGGGAAAUGGCAGAGGAGGGAAAGGGCAGCGGCAUCUGGAGACCUGACAUUCACAACAGCCUGGCAGCCCGCAACGUGAGCAGAAAAACAGCCAACAGAACAUCAGUCGGUA